GGUCAUCGAAAUUUCAAAAUCUGUGUUUCGGAAGCGAUGAAGAAGUUGAAUUUCAUGGGAAAAUAUGCCAAGUAGCACACAACAAUACAAACAACACAGAAACACACAGGAAGCUUAGGCUGAGAGAAAGAGAAAGAGAAAGAGAAAGAGAGAGAAAAAGGGCGUGUUUGGUUGGGUUUACUUUUCCCCCCUUUUCCCCCUUUUUUCUUCCUCUUCUCCUCCUUCCUUCAAUCCAAUCUAAUCCCAAUUCCAAUCCCUCAAUUAACCAAAAUAAAAUCAAGUUUAUCGCCAAACCACCGCCUUCGUGGCCCCUUUUCAUUCAUCGAGCUACCGUUUUGAUUCUUCCCCAGAUUCUUUCUUCAAUUUCGCAUCUUCUUGUUGCCCCCAUCGGUUUUCCCCUUUCUUCCAUCUUUGUUUCUAAGAAAGUUUUUUUUUUUUUUCCGUUGACUUGGUUUCGGGAUUAUUGAAGCAGGGUCAUUCGCAGCUAUGCAGAGCCAACUUGUGUGUAAUGGGUGUAGGAGCAUUUUGCUUUAUCCUAGAGGGGCAACCAAUGUGUGUUGUGCAUUGUGCAACACAAUUACCUCUGUUCCUCCACCUGGAAUGGAGAUGUCUCAACUUGUUUGCGGGGGAUGUAGGACACUGCUAAUGUACACACGUGGAGCUACAAGCGUGAGAUGUUCCUGCUGUCAAACUGUAAACCUUGCACCACCAGCACCCAGUCAAGUCGCCCACGUGCAUUGUGGGAACUGCCGGACAACACUCAUGUAUCCUUACGGAGCUCCUUCUGUCAAAUGUGCACUUUGCCAAUAUGUUACCAAUGUCAAUAUGAACAAUGGAAGGCUUCCAAUCCCAGUCCAUAGACCUAAUGGAACAACCAACUAUGGGACAGUACCCUCUACUUCAACAUCGAUGCCCCAAUCUCAGACCCAGACCGUUGUGAUAGAGAAUCCCAUGACUGUUGAUUCAAAUGGAAAAUUGGUUAGCAAUGUUGUUGUUGGGGUUACAACAGAUAAAAAAUAAUGGAAUCAGAUUUAGAAGCAUAGUGUACAACAAAUUAUCACAGUGCUGUCAUAGGAAGAUGUUUUUUCUUCUUUUUCUUGUGUAUAAUGAUGUUGCAGCCUGCAAUGAUUUCAAUUAAAAUGAAUCUUUUGUCCAAUGCCAGAGUUGGAGGGUAUCAUAUCAUAUAUGCAUGUAUAUGAAUUGAGGAGGACAAGUCGUGUAAAGGGGCAUUAAUAUGUGUGUGAUUGCCAAAUCUAUUGGUUCAUUCAGAUUC